UUUAAGAUAGAUGGUUCGAAAGAUUGAAAUUUCAAACCAUUGCUUUUUGCUGGCUUCAUGCAGCCAUUGAGCGCCAUUUGACAUUAUUAUGCUCAGAAUUAGUCCGGUAACGGAAUCAGAAUUGACUCCAGUAUUGGAAUUAGCUCCGGGAUGAGAAUCGGUUCUUGAAUUCAAAUAAGAAGUUUCAGAAGCGAAAUCAGUUCUGGAAUCUCAAUGAGAAUGGAUUGUUAACAAGUAAAUGUUGAAUCCCAAACGCCUAUUCUUAUGGAGAUACCUAAAACGAUUUCGGAGCCGAUUCCUAUUAUGGAGCCGAUUUUGAUUCAAAAACCAAUUUCAAUUCCGGAUUUUUCGAUGCUGUUAGCAGCUCGAAUGGCUGCUCGAACGCGCUUUUUAGCACAGGGCCGCUGACAGUAGCGUUUCACUUUAGCACAGUUUUUCUGCGUCCCAUAGAGAUGGGGAUUAUAGAAGAGAAAGUAUCGAAAAGUAACUAGGUACUAUGCAAUUCGUUGCCAGUAAUGAAAUAUUGUGGCAUUGCAAUAUAUUACUGUGUAAUGUUUAUUUUUCCACUUUGAGUUUGUACCCGUCGCUAAAUAUUGACUAUAAAUCAGUUCGAGAAUCGGUAUGCGUUUGGCAUUUGCUCCAGAACUGGUAUAGGUUCGAGAUCAGUUCCUUUGUCGUUUAAAUCUUGUUUAAGUACCGCUAGAAACUUCACUGCGGAGUAGUACAUAAUAAACGCCCGGGCACUUUGUAUUAUUUAUCGUUCAUUUUUAUAUUUUUAAAUCAAAUACCACCAUGGCGUACACAUCUCUAUUUGGGUACACCGCAACGUGCAACCAAAACAAACAGCGAGCGUGAGUGUGUUUUUUUUCGUUUCCCAGCAACAUCUAGUGAGAUAAAAGCGAGCUACAAUAAUCCUUCGUCAUCGUCUCUUGGUAUUUCGACACUGCAAAUGGAGAUUGUCUUACAGGUCUGGUGGUGAUUCCUUUUUUUUAAUAUAAGACAAACGUACAGAGAGAUAAGAUAGCUUUCAUGACGGUGCGUGUCCAUCAACAUCCAUAGAGACACGGUUGCAAACCCCGAUCCCAACGAACAAGGCCGGACGCGCGAAUCCUCUGCUCAGUCGCAGGCAAGAUGUCUGGUAAAACAGAUUUCCUUCAAGCCGUGCUGUUUACACUAAUACUCACUGUUUCGCCGCUUUUCCAAGGUGCUGCCGCCGCGGAUGGAGCCGCCCGGUACGACCAUUACCGGCUGUACCGUGUCGAGCUGGCGACGGACGAGCAGGUGCAGCUGUUCCAGCAGCUCGAGGCGAAGAGCGACAGCUGCACCUUUUACGGCCAUGCGCGGCAACCGGGCCAGCAGCUCACGAUCAUGGUGUCCGCCAGCAAGGUCGCGGACUUUGAGGAUCUGCUCGCGCUACACGCAGUGAGCGGGCGCGUGCUCGAGCGCAACAUGCAGCAGCUGAUCGAGCGGGAAGCGGCCACGGUACAGCCGGCCAGCACCGACCCGAACCAGAUGGACUGGGAGCACUACUUUCAGCUCGAGACGAUUUACGCCUGGAUGGAGCUGCUGGCGGAACGCUUCCCGGGCGCGGUCAGCACGCUCGACAUCGGCACCAGUUACGAGGGGCGCCCGAUCAGGGGAGUGAAGCUGUCGCGCCGUCCCGACAACAAAGCGAUCGUGGUGGAGGGUGGCAUACACGCGCGGGAGUGGAUUUCCCCCGCCACGGCCACAUUUCUGCUGCACGAGCUGGUCACGUCGGAGGACCCGACCGUGCGCGAGCUCGGCACCGCGUACGAUUGGUUCUUCUUCCCGAUCGUGAACCCGGACGGGUACCGGUUCACCUUCACCGGGGACCGGCUGUGGCGCAAAAACCGCAAACCGUACGGCCUAUGUCGCGGUGUCGAUCUGAACCGCAACUUCGACAGCAACUGGGGCGGGGUCGGUUCGAGCGACGAUCCGUGCAGUUACGAUUUUUCCGGCAGUGGCCCUUUUUCCGAGCCGGAAGCGGUCGCGCUCGCUGACUUUGUGCGGAACAAUGUGGGCCCGGCCCGGAUACGGACGUACAUUGCGCUGCACUCGUACUCGCAGCUGCUGAUGUUCCCGUACGGCCACACGGCGGACCGUGUGCCGAACUACGACCAUCUGCGGUCAAUCACCGAGAAAGGAAUCGCCGCGCUGACGGCAGUCAGCGGAACAUCGUACCGCGGGGGUAGCAAGUACGAAACGAUCUACCCGUCGAGCGGUGGCUCGAUCGAUUGGGCUUACCGUCCCGGUGGCGUACCGGUGUCCCUGACGUUCGAGCUGCGCGGGCCGCCCGAUUCCACCGACAUGUUCAUACUGCCGGCGGACCAGAUCCGGCCGGUCGGGAAGGAAACGCUCGCGGCAUUCGUGGCAAUCGUGCAGGAAGCGGCCCGCCUCGGUUACUAUGAUAGCUAGGGGGCGCCCUCGGGGAAGGCGAGAAGGGAGGAAAGCAGGGAAGGAAUAAAAAUAUCUUCGUGGCACCCGAAGCCGACAGCCCUUCGUGGCUGAUGCUGAUCGAACCUGCGAACAUACAUCGCUAAAUUUAUACGCCAAUUUAAUUGAUCGAUUUUUUGUUCCCCCUGUGCGUGAGAGUGGAGUUGAGUGUGUGAUAAGAUAAGCAAAGGCGAAAAACGGGAAAGUGUACAGUAAAAACAAAAAGCCAACCCAUGGAGAAAA